AUGACGAAUGCCACGAGAAGGAAUCGGUAUCCCGAUUAUCAAACGGUGCUGAGGCUCGAUGGAAUAAACUUUCCUAUGAAUCUGCGACAAAUCGGAAAAUUCGAACGACUGAACGAGAUAUCCGUCAACGUGUUUACCACGAGGGAGGACAAACCGGAUGGAAAGAUCGUUCCGCUGUAUCUCACCGAACGCAAAAGAGAUGUUCACGUAAAUCUGUUCUAUCUGUCGGAUCCGCGAUACGGCUUGCAGGUGGGCCAUCUUGCAUGGAUAAGGAAUCUUUCGCGAUUGGUCGGGAGUCAGUUUAUCAAACGAAAAAACAAGAAGUACAUUUGUGAUCGAUGUCUGCAUUAUUUCCACUCGAUGGAAAGAUUGUCCAUGCACAAUGUAGAUUGCGAAAGGAUGAGUGACUGCGCGAUCGUUCUUCCGAACGAGGACAACAGGUGGCUCAGCUUUCGUCACUACGAGCGAAAAGAGAGACUUCCGUACGUGGUAUACGCCGAUCUGGAGUGCGCCUUGGAGAAGGAGCGAGAGGAGACGUUCAGCGUUGGCUAUUACGUGCGAUGUGUGCGAGACGAGGAUGCGACGACGUACAAAUCGUAUCGCGGUGAGGAUUGCAUGGCGUGGUUCGCGCGGGAAUUGAACGUCCUCGCGCAUCGCGCGAAGCAGACUCUGAGCGCGGUCGUGACUAUGACGUCGCUUACGUCAGAUGAGAUGCGUAGCUUUUGGAACGCGAAUCGUUGCCACAUAUGCGGAGAGCCAUUCGAGCCGAGUGAUCAGCGCGUUCGCGAUCACUGUCACAUAACCGGACGUUACAGGGGUCCGGCUCAUGCGCGUUGCAAUAUAAACUUCAACAAUUCCUUCGUAAUUCCGGUGUUCUUUCACAAUCUCUCGGAUUACGAUGCGCAUUUCAUUAUCGAAGAGAUCGCCAACGGUUUCGAGGGUAAAGUGGAAUUGUUACCGUUGACCAAAGAAACGUACAUCUCGUUUACGAAAGUCGUUCGGCAGACAUCGUCGGGAAGGGGGCGUCAUUGCGUGAAGCUGCGAUUUGUAGACUCGUGUAAGUUUUUAAGCGCAAGCCUCGCGAAAUUGGUGUCGUAUCUGGACAAGAACGAACUGCGAAUAACGCGGUCAGCGUUCUCGAGUCUCGACGACGACGAUUUCGAAGUGCUCACGCGCAAGGGUGUGUUCCCGUACGCGUAUGUCGAUAGCGUCGAUCGGUUACGCGAGACAGAAUUACCGCCCCGCGAGGCCUUUUACAGUUCGUUGACUGGCGAGAGCGUCAGCGUUACCGACUACGAGCACGCGGUCACUGUGUGGCAACGUUUCCGCAUCGGUAAUCUCGGCGAGUGUAGUGACUUAUAUUUGAAAACGGACGUUCUAUUGUUGGCGGAUGUGUUUGAGAAUUUUCGCGACAACUGCAUGCGGAGUUACGAUUUGGAUCCCGCUCAUUAUUACACGUUACCGGGGUACACGUGGGACGCGAUGCUAAAAUACACAGGUGUGCGAUUCGAACUGCUGACCGACGUCGAUAUGCUCCUAUUUGUGGAACGCGGUGUACGCGGUGGUCUGAGUCAGUGCUCCCACAGAUACGCGCGAGCUAACAAUAAGUAUCUUGCGUCGUACGAUCCGUUACAAGCGUCGACGUAUCUCAUGUACUACGACGUUGUAACGAUGCGCCACGCUUUCCGCUUCUUCCCGGUUCUGGACUCCGGAUUGUCGGACGGGAUUCCGACAAUCCGCUUAUGCUUCGCGUCACAAUCAGACGCGCGGUUUUAA